UCAACUCACCUGCUGCACGUGACUUCCUUCAUCCCCUUCAUGGACAAGUGAUGGCGAUGGAAUGAUUCAGGAAUGGAACAUCAACAACACAAGCUUUAAACGUGCAAACAUCACAAGCCUUUGACGCGCACUAGUUUAAGAAAGACGCGUCUAUGCACGCGCGCUCGUGUGACAGAGCUAAACACAAACACUCUUCCGGACCUGACGUGACAAAAAAAAAAAAAUCAAGUGGACCACCAUGAAGCCUCGCAGCACUGUGGAAUACGUCAUCAGGAGGUUUCUCCCGCCCGCCUGCCAUCGCUUCCUCCUCGGCCGCUCCGAGGAUGCUGGACCCGCCCAAGUCAUCCUCAGAGGUGUGUUUGGCGCUCUGAGUGGCUCAGUCAUAUUCACGGGCGUGGCACACAGCCUCCCGCUGUCCUUUCCCCUCAAAGUGACCUUGGGAUGCAUCUUUGUUGUGUUGUGUCUUGUGGGCGGGGCUGUGUCGUCCACCUUCAGGUGCUCAGUCCUCCUGAUGUUUCCCAGCAUGCUCGGCUCCCGCGGGCGCGCCUACCUCAUGCUUGUCAUCCUUUCAGUGCUCUACUCUGGUCCAGUGUCCAACAUCCAGCAGAACGUUCAAGCGGCUGCAGAGACUCUGACCUGCAACUUGGACCUUCAGCUUCACAACAGCAAGCUACUAUGGCGAGACUCCGUAAAACCUUUUCUCACGAUGGCCCAGGAAGUUACAAAGGACGAGGCAGAAUUCCAGUCCGAGGCUCGCAACGCUACAGCGGAAUUUCAGCUCAUCCAGGACAAAGUUGCACAACAGUACGGAUACAAUUCGUUCCAGAGCAAAAACAACAGCGAUCACACGCAGGAACAGUUUGCCAUGAAGACCAUGAUGCAGUGUGACAGUAUUGUCAACCAGGGCAUCCAACGCUGUGCCGACUGGUUUAGCCUCAAGUGGCAGGAGUGUGUGAAUGCCAUCCCUGUGCCCGUCAUCCACCACAUCCUGUGCGUGCCCAUGAAGUUCCACUUCCUGUGUGACGUCAUGAGAGUGAUGACACCGUGGUGCAGGCAGAACAUUCCCGUGGAGGGAAACUUUGGACCACUCUUUGACCGUCUCAGCCAAUCUGUGGACCUUCUGGCCAGAGAGUUCAGCACCAGACUCAUACUGGAGGAACCCCAACAUGAUGUGUUGGAGGGACAGAUCCUGGACCAUGAGUUCACACACUCCGUCCAAAGCUCUUUCCAAAGACUGACGGCUUGGAUGGGAACACUGCUGGACGUCCUUAAUCUGCUCAUGUCCUUCACCUUCAUCUCCGUCUUCACACAGUCGCUGGGGUACACACGUGAGUUCCGAGGGAACAUCUACUUUGACAACAUGUACAUCACAACAUACUUUAGAAUCAUCGACAGUCGCAGGAAAACAUUGGGUAAACCUUGUUUGUUGCCUCUCAGUGCGCACGACAGACAAAAGUUUGUUGACCCCUGGAGUCCCAGAAUUCACCCUGAAGAAAUCCAACAAGUGUUGUCAGGUGUGCUGCAGGUGCUGGCUGUGCUGGUAGUGUGCGUGGUUUUGCUGAGCAUGGACUGGUCGGUGGUUCAUGUUCUGGACAUCGUCAGCAGACACACACAGACCCAAUUCAACAUCAGCAGCAGCCACCAGGUGCACAUAAAAGUGGACGGGGACUCCAUGAUGGCCCGCCUCCUGAGGACGACGGUGGAGGCAUUCAACAGCUCGUCCGACGUCCACAUCAUCACGGACAACCGUCAGUGUGUGACUCCGCCCUCCUCCCUCCCUGUCAGCGCAUAUGUCAGCUGUGCUUGUUGCGUCUUGCUGGCGGCGCUCUUCAGCUGCCUGCAGGUUUACACCAGUCGUCUCCGCAGGGUCAUCGCCGCCUUCUACCACCCCAAGAGGGAGAAAACACGGGUCUUAUUUUUGUACAACGUCACCCUGCUCAAACAAACAGCUUCAUGCACACAAACAGCGCCCAGCAGGACAAAGGUGUUGGGCUGUUUCCCCACGUGCACUCGUGUGUGUCCUGGGCGACAGGAAGCGUCAGGCUGUGAGGAAGUCACAGUCGUUCCGUCUUCUGGGGAGAGGCAGCAGAGGGCGCUGUUUCCACAGCUUUGUCAUUCACAAGCUUAACAAUAAAACACGUCAC